GACAAUUUUAUGAGGAACUUAUUGCAGGAAAAAUUGUUUCUGAAGUGCGGUUAGAUAAUGAAGACUGUUUGCAGCCAGUUAAAGCAGAGUUUUCAUCUAAUAUAACUGGCCCUUUUAAUGUUGUUAGUAUGGAAUGUAACAUGAUUGAGGCAAUUGAAGCUUGGGGAACAGAGUACAAUAUUAUCAAACAAAUAAUUCGUGAAAAUAAAGGUAGAUGGGGCAAAGAUACUGCUAUGACAACUGGAAAAGAAUUUGUUAAAGACUUAGCUGCUGCAUUAUG